AUGAAAGGCACUUGUUACGAUACAAAAGAUAACAACUCGAAUGACAACAUGAAUGAUGAUUUUUUGAACUAUCCGAAUUUUAGAAAAUUCAUUGACAGUAAUAAUAAUUAUGUUGAUCAUGAAAAUUUCGAGGAGUCAAGAAAGUACAUACACAGGGAGAUAACGAAAACGCUUAAUGCGAAUUCGGUGAAAGUAUGCAGGAAUAUGGAUGAGCGAAUAUUGGCAGGAAAUACGUCGUCUAAUAAAUUUUGUUUAGAAAGUAUGGAAAAGAAGAAUGGCAGAAAGGACUUUUCCUGCAGUGGUAGAAAUGAUUUAGAAAUGAAUGGGAGUAGGAGCCUGAGGAAGUUUGCGCAUUGUAGUAGUAGUAGUAGCGGUAGGAGGAGCAACGAGGAAAGUAGCCUUAGCGCUCAAACAGGUCAGAGCAAUAUUUGUCACCCAAACAGCUGCAGAGGAAUGAACAAUAAUCUUGGCCAUGGAAGCAAUCUAGGAAGCAUAAACAGUCACCGUGGCGGAAGUGGAGAAGGAAAUUUUGGAGCAGGACCUCCUCCGUCAUCGCAAUUUCUUCAUGGAGCCCGUUCAAACGAGUUAAGUGAUAAUAAUAACAAUCAUCACCGUGCGAUUAAUUACUUGAAGAGAGGAGAAAUGAACAAUGAAGAUGUGGAUCGAAUAAACGAAGGAGUAUUAUUAAAGGAGAAAAAUAAUUUAUUAAAACAUGAAUUUUUUUUGUCGGAACCAAGAUACAACAAUCCCCCCGAAGAGGGAGAUAACAGAACCACUCUGAAUUUAGAUAAUUCUAUGUGUGAAAAUGACCAUAAGUUAGAUUAUGCGCGAAAUAGCAAUAUAAAUAACAAUCCAUACGAUUUAGUGAGAAGCAAUGGAAUCAUGGAGGACGUUAAAUUUAGUGCUUUCAGCUCUAACGAGUUUGGCUGCAUGCGAAGGGAACCGCCCGGUUUGGUUCCUAUAAAAGGGGAGGAUAUAAAGAAGAAGAAAAUAAAGAAAAAGGAAAGGGAUAAAGAAAAAUUAAAACUUAAGGAGGAAGAAAAAGUGAAUGAAGGAGAAAAGGGGAGGGAACUUGAGAAGGGAGAUGUAAGCGAAAAGAAAAAAAAGGGUGAACAGGAGAAGGCAAAGAAGGACGAGAAUCAGAAGAUAAAAAAGAACGAACAUGAGAACAUUGCACAUUUUAUUAAACAGCAAAUUUUAGAGAAUGCGAAAAUGGAAAGGGGUGCGUCUGGUGAUCAUUUCAGGGGUAGUGAACUAUUUCCCAACUUGCAUGCAAAGGCUGUUGGGGCUCCCCGGGACAGUAGCAGCGCCAGCAGGAGUAUGGGCAAUUUAGUUAGGACCAUGCACACUGGGAUAUCUAGUGGUAUGCACUAUGGUAACCGCCUUCAGAGAUAUGAAGUAAAAAACCACAUGUCGGAGUUCCAAGGAAGAAUGAGUGAAAAGAAGGGCGUGAAUAACUUUGUCGGAUUGGAGAGCGAUUCAAACAAGGUUAAGAAGUACAAUCACCUUAAAGACAACUUUCACUUGAAUAGCAACCAGACGCAUUUCUACCCAAAUAUGGACCACAGGAAGAAUAAUUCAGAAGUUUUCCUAAGCACCGAUGUUAAUGACAAGGUGUAUGCAAAUAAUAUAAUGUAUGAUGAUUAUUUUACCAUUGAAAAUAUGGAAACAUGUGAAGAGAAAAAGGAGUUUUUUAAGAAUGAGGGAUAUAGCAACAAAAUGAAGAAAGAAAAUUCGUUAGCAUUUCGCAUGCACCCAAAUUUUAAUACCAAGGAAUUAUUGGCAAACAGAAAAAAAUAUUUCCAUUCAGCUGGAAAUAGGGAUUUAAGUACCAGCACCAACUACAUGAAGAGUGAUUAUUACAAUGAAAGUAAUAUUAGCGACUUUUGCCUCGAUGGGGGGGUUCCUAGUCAAUAUGUUCUUUCCAAUAAGGACUAUGUAGGCAACAACUUGAAUGGCGAAGUUUCAGGUAUGAAUGGGCAUAUGGAGAAAAUGGAAUACGGUUCUUCCUUCUUAGGUGAGGGUAGAGGAGAUCGAUAUUCUCAACCUUGCACGAGGUUACCAAAUGGUGUCAUUGUAGAACCGUCAAUGAUGUACGAUAAUUGCAAUGAUCAUUUGGCUCGUCAGAAGAACGGUAGUACCAUUAUGCAUGCGAACUUUGGAAGUAUUCCAGUGCACGGAAAUAUGAGAAUUACCACGGUGCAUACCGAUAACAGCGGGCAGGAGGAAGAAGACGGAACGAUGAGUAGUACCUUGGUUAAUGCAUUUACGCUGAAAAGGGAAGAAAAUUAUUACCAAAAUGGGAGGGAGAUAAUGCGGGCAAAUGAGAUGACCAGAACCAAUAGCGCUAAUAUGGCAGACAUGAACAGCGUUCUUUUUAACUGGAACAACAGUAACGUGAACCCCAGCAGUAAUGUCAGUAUUGGCAAUUUGCCUGGCAGAGGUGUCGAGGAUUCCAAUUCGAGCAUGUUCAGAACGUACGAUAUAGUUUCUGCAGAGGAUGGCAUCCGUAAUGGCGCACAUGGUGAGGGUAACAUGAACGGUAGCAAUCUGGAGCAGGGUGAAAAUAAGGGGAUCGAUGUGGAGGUCGAGAAGAAGGGGAUCAAAGAUGGGAUCAAAAAUGGAAUUGAAAAUGGAAUCGAAAAUGGAAUCGGGAACAUGGUAGAAAAUGAGAAUGAGGAGCCUGUCAUAAAAUUAUUUUUCGGAAACCUCGCUCCAAUCACCACGGAAAAGGACAUGCAUAACCUCUUCAGCAAUUUUGGCAAGUGCGAUUCUUUGAUCAUAUUAAAAGAUAGGAGGAGCAAAUCCAGGGGUUCUGGAUUCGUCACCUUUUACAAUAUGCAAGAAGCAGUGAAUGCGAUCAAAAGUUUAAAUAAUAAAAUAAUUCUGUCCGGGGCUCAUAAACCGCUGGAAGUUCGAUUCCCUGAGAAUAAGGAAGAGAAAAAACUAAGGACGAAACUGCUAAAUGCGGCAAAAUGGAAAGGGAAGAAAAUUGCUCCCAGUGGAUGUUUGCCAAUAAGUACAGAGGAUAUAUUAAAUCAGAGCAGUUUACAAGUGAAUAAUGGCCCAGGAGGAAUCUCGGGGGGGAAUCAUUGCCUCCCUCUUCUAAACCAGUUGGAGACACCAUCCAACUUUUUAACAGAGAAUAAUGAGGAAGCUUUGUAUGACAUUAAGGAAACCGUCAGCUUCGGUUACACAGGUGAGGGUAUGCUGGAAUGCGCAAAGAUGAACAUGCUGCAGCGGGGGAAUGCAAAUCAUUAUGCCUGUUCAGAGGAUUUUUCCGAACUGAGAAAGGCAGCUAGCGAAACAACGAACGACACGGUAAUCACAGAUUAUGUGAAUCGGGUAGAAGAGGGCAGUAACAUUUACAGUAGUAGCCGACACAAUUCAUACAAAGAGGAGCAAGACAAUUUACCUGAUGAAAUGAACAAUAUGAGUUUGUCCAUUGAGAGGAAAGAGUACAGUAAGUUUCUGCCGAAUUUUCUCUUAGAUAAUAACUCCCAUGGAAAUGGAGCCUCGAAUUCGUUUCAAUCUCUUGAUGAGGCUUUUGGUACCAUCCGUAAAUUUUCCCUUGAUGCGGAUAUGGAAGAGGUAAAUAUGCGUUCGAAUGGAUUUUCUGGAGGGUUAGAGGUGAAUGGGGGCUUGAGUCGCAAGGUAGUCCACGAAAUAGUGCAUGAGAAGAUGCCUGGCUUGAGGAGUGAGUCGAGCACCAUGGGGGAGGACACUGCGUGUCGUCAUGAUAGUAUCGAUUCUGUGAAGAGUUUUCGCAAGGGGGAUGUCCAUAAUGCAAGUGCUGCGAGGGCGAGUAAUUUCUGUGCAAAGGGCUUCGUCGAGAAUUCCUUCCCGAGCAGCAAUUUUCCUCCCAGCACCUUCAACUCUAGCGGGCGGAUCCUGGACGAUGGGGACGAGGCCAAUUCGUACUUCUCCAGUUUUUGUCAGGGUUUCCCACUACAGAGUAAGAUAGUGGAAGAGCAAGACGACACGCUCUUUUCAUACCUGAACAAGGAGAAGAGUUUGUUGAAACAUAACAUGGGAGAGGAAGAAGUGUACCAAGGGAAAAUCGACUAUUGUAGGAAGAGGGGAGAUUUCCCUGGAAUAAACGAAUUGGAAGAAAUAAAUCAUUUCCGGCAGUUGACGGAAUUGGAAGGGGUGAGUGAAGCAUAUGAACGAGGAAGGAGUGAUAAUGGCAUGCGCAAUGUGUUGUUACGUGGAUCAGAAGAAAUGGUAGAGGUAGGAAAGGAGGAGAAUCUGUUUGGCGACAUUUAUGAGGGCAACAAAGGUAUGGGCUCUCCACCUAUGGAUGAUGAUGGAUACAGUAACAUGAACGUACAUUAUCUAGGAUUCGAUUUGUCCCGCCUGAUACAGAUAAAUGAGGACAUAUUGUUACCCCAGGGAGAGGAUAUGAAGAAGAAGAACAACAACAACAACACAAGCAGCACCUGCUUCAACAACACCAAUUUCAAAGUGGGCGGAACUAGCCACGGCGCGAUGGAAAUUAGCCAUCUAAAUGGAGAGGAAAUAAUGGCAAGCAAUUUUUACCACCACGGGAAGGGUAACAGUAGCAGUAAUGGUAAUAGUCGUAGCGGUACUAGUGCAAGCCGUAAUGAUGCUGAAGACAUGUGCAAAGCCAAGGUUGGACAGGCGCAUGGAACGAUGGAUCUACUAAAUGUUGAUCUAUUUGGAAAUAAAAAUUUUGAUGUAAAUGACAACUUAAGUGAUGAAAUGCUAGGGAAUUUAAUAAGCCUUUAUGCUCAGAAUAAAUCCUCCAUGAUUACUUCGCACAUGUUUAGUUACUUGAAUAAUGUCUUGGGUGAGAUAAACAGCGCCCUGGAUAUUUUUAACAAAUUCAGUGUGAAGACAUCGAUGAAGAAUAUAGCGGAGGAGAAGGAGGAUAAUCCUCCUGAGUGA